AUACGUCUCUUUCUUUGUUCACUUUUCUUUUCAGUGUUAGUAGCUAGGGCUAUAUAUAUUCUUUGAUAACCAAUGGCAACAAAUUAUGAGAUGGGUGUUAGAUGGUUCAAGAUGAUACUUGGUGUUUUGGUGGUUUCAAUAUUAUUAUCACAAUAUUCUUGUGUUUAUGGAGAAGCGCCGCAAGUACCAUGUUUCUUCAUUUUUGGUGAUUCGUUGGUCGACAGUGGCAAUAAUAACUACCUCCCGACCUUGGCUAAAGUGAAUUACCUUCCCUAUGGGGUUGAUUUUCCCAUUGGAGCAACAGGAAGAUUUUGCAAUGGCAGAACCUCAGUUGAUAUACUUGCUGAACUUCUGGGUUUUAAGAAACCCAUCCCACCAUUUGCAACUACUUGGGGCCUGGUCAUACUUAGAGGUCUGAAUUACGCAUCUGGCGCUGCAGGAAUUCGAGCUGAAUCUGGCACUGAGAUGGGUGUUAAUGUCAACUUAGAUCAGCAGUUACGAAAUCACCAUGUUACAGUCUUGCGCAUUGCUUCCAUUCUGCGACAUAAAGCAUUAGCUCUCAAGUAUUUAAACAAGUGCUUUUAUUUUAUGGGAAUCGGCAACAACGAUUACAUUAACAAUUACUUCCAGACUCAGUAUUUUAACACCAGUCGAAUAUAUACACUUGAGCAAUAUGCUUCAGUUCUUAUUGAGCAAUAUUCUCAACAAAUUAUGACUUUGUAUAGGUAUGGAGCAAGGAAGGUGGCCUUGGUUGGAGUGGCACCAAUAGGCAAUGCAACAGAACCUUUUAAUGAAAAGCUUAGAGCUCUGGUGGACAAGCUCAACGCCGAUCUGCAAGAUGCACAAUUCAUCUAUGUUAACGCUUCUUCAGUGUCACGUCCUGCUGAUUUCAAGGUUCCGAACAUUAGCUGCUGUGCAGUAAAUGAACUUGGGCUAUGCAAUCCUUUCCAACCUGUAUGCCAGAAUAGAAGUGACUAUGCAUUAUGGGACUCAUUCCAUCCGACUGAGGCCGCCAAUAUAGCCAGUGCAGGAAGAGCAUACAGAUCUCAAGACCCAUCGGACACUUAUCCCAUGGAUAUCAGUCACCUAGUUCAGCUUAGUCUAUGAUCAUUGUUGGGCUCUAGAGCCAGGCAAAUAAAAAUUUCAUAUGGCAAACAGAAA